AGAUUGAUCAGUGGGUUUUGAGUUCUUUGAAUUCAAGACUAUUGUUUUGCAUGAUAUAAAUUUAUGGUUGAUAUGUAAUAUUUUUGCUCCUUUACAGGUUAAACGUUGAAGAAGUCACUGCCUUAUUCGAUGAAGUCGACUUUCUGGAGGCUGAUGUUUUUAUUCAACCGCCUGAAAACCCUCUAUUGAGUGAUGAGGAUAGCGGUGACGAUGGCGACACCGACUUCACUCACUUCACAGGAAAUCAACUGCGUGGAGCCGCAGAGUUAAAGGCAAAACAGUUCACAAAUGAUGGUAUUGUACAAGUAGAUGUAUGUACAGAACAAGACAUAGUUGAUAACAAUCUAAGCGGCGAGUCUUCAUUACCUAUAACUGUAAUUCCGAAAGCAACUGUGUCUACAUUUAAAUCGGUACAAUCAGACUCUUUACAAAGACAAUACAUACCUACAGAACCAAGCACUUCUCAAUCUUUACAAGUGAACAAUAUAAAUCAAUCACAAUACCUUCCAUCUCAGUCGCUCCCAAGUUUGAAAAGAAAAAUUAAAACAAAACCGAGUUCCCACAAGUCAAAUGCAAGAAAAAAGACAAAAACAGAUAAACAAAGAACAUGGAAUAAUGUUGACAUUCCUAAUAAGCCUGAGAGGGAAUUUGAAAGGCCUUCGUGGCUCGAAAAAGAUUUCACUCCAACAGAAAUGUUUGAAAAACUUUUAACUAAUGAGAUUAUCGAACAUGUUGUUGAGAGUACUAAUAUUUAUGCCUUGCAAAGUGGUAAUGAAUCUUUUAAUGUUUCAAUAGAAGAAAUGCGCAUAUUCAUGGCAAUAUUGUUUCUGAGUGGAUAUUGUAUUGUACCACGGAAGAGGAUGUACUGGGAAUUAUCUCCGGACACUCAUCAUGACACUGUGUCAAAAGCUAUGAGCAGAAACAAGUUUGAAGAGAUUCUUCGAUAUUUUCAUGUCUGUGAUAAUGCAAAUUUAGAUGUCUCAGAUAAAUUUGCCAAAAUACGUCCUUUGUGGAUUAUGUUGAAUGAACGAUGGCUUCAAGCUUACCCUGGCGAUGCAAAUAUAAGCAUCGACGAAUCAAUGGUUCCAUACUUUGGACGACAUGGUGCUAAACAGCAUAUACACGGGAAACCUAUACGGUUUGGGUACAAAGUUUGGUGUGUAUGUACCCGCCUGGGGUAUUUGAUUCAGGCUGAACCAUACCAAGGUAAGAAAACAGGUAACACCAUCCCUGAAAUUGGAGUGGGUGGUUCAGUUGUAAUAGAUAUCCUUAGUGAGCUGCCUCAAAACAAGACAUACAGUAUUUAUAUGGAUAACUUUUUUACCUCUUUAAAACUACUAGAUUAUUUGUCAGAAAAGGGGCACGAUGCUACAGGCACAAUAAAGGCUAACCGAGUUGAAAAUGCCCCACUCAAGGAAGCAACUGUUUUGAAAAAGGAAUCACGAGGUUCAUACGAUCAACUUACUGAACAAAAAACAGGUAUCACCUUGGUAAGGUAUAAUGACAACAAUGUUGUAACUGUUGCUUCAACAAGAUGUGGCGUACAGCCCAUGGGUAAGGCCAAGAGAUGGUGUCGUGUGGCAAAGCGUCAAGUUGAUGUUCAACAGCCUGCCUGUAUCAUAAAUUACAACACUUACAUGGGUGGGGUUGAUCAACUUGACCAGAAUAUAUCAACCUAUAGAAUUGGCAUUAGAAAUCGGAAAUGGUAUUGGGCACUUCUAGCGUACCUUUUAAAUGCUACAAUGAAUAAUGCUUGGCAAUUAUACAGGCUCACCCCAAAAGGAAGAGAAGAUCCCAAAGACCUACUGUCCUUUAUAAGACAUAUUGUGCAGACAUACUUCCAGAAAUAUACCCCACAACGUCAGAGAGCUUCCCGUGUGUCUGUCACUGGAAAAGAACGGGUUGAAGAAAGUGUGCGGCUUUCCAACAGUCUUCAUGUCCUGGAAACUAACCCGACACAAAUACGAUGUGGCCUCUGUAGAAAGAACACAUGGAAAAAGUGUAAACAGUGUCUUGUUGGAUGUCAUAUAAAAUGCUUUGAAAACUUUCACUCCUGAACUUGACAACAUGUAUGUAAAUAGUCCUGCCAUUUGUAACAUUUUUUAAUUUUUCUUAAUCCUUAAUGGUUUUUAUAUAUUUUGUAAUAAAAUAAACAGAAUAUAUGAUACAAUUGUAGUGGUUAUUUACCUAACCUAAACCACUAACUCUGUAUUUUUUAACAAUUGCUUAAUAACUUUGACCCUACCCAUGUAUGCCCAGUGCCCACAUUUGUUGGCACCUCAUAAUAUAGCAUUUAAGUAUAUACUGAGCCUAAUACACAUAUAUUUGGUGUUUAUAGGACUAAUUUGUUACAAUAUUAAAGAAAAAUCUAAAUCUGAGAAAAAAAAGUUCCUGGGCACUAAUGGGUUAAU